ACUUCAAACUCACUGGCCGCCUUGUCACGGAGCCGAAGGAUUGAUAUCGACGAAUUGCCACCGCUCCCCGGCUCCCCGCCUCGUUCAGUCGUUCUUGACCUGAGCAAUGUCAGCCAGGCUUCUACUACCGGGACGGUUCGACGCCGGAUCCCCUGGACGCUGUCUGAAUCCCUCAAACUGUGGCACGGGGCUAGCCGCGUCGACAAACCCUCCUGGAGUCACAUUUGGCAAAAGUACUUCAGAUCUUCUCGACGGACCCCUGUAGACCUGAAGGAUCGUUGGAGGGUGAUUUGCCGAAACCAGGAUUUGCAGGAGCAGUUACGUCGUGUGUAUGAGGGCUGGCGUACUUCGAAAGGAGCCCCCUCCUCCACCUCGGUGGAUUUAGGCCCCAACUGA